AUGAUUCUUUUAAAAUUCCUUUUCUCUAUUGUUUAUUUGAUUUCGAUAAUAAAUUUGAUUGAUUCACAAACAAUAUGUUUGGAUAAUUCAAUCAUCACUUGUUCUUGUAAUGAUGGUGAAGGCGUAGUAACUUGUAUUGAAAAUCAUCCAAGCAAUAAUACUUUCAUAGAUUGGUCAACAUUUUCAUCCGAUGAGCGUCAACGUUACUCAUUCAAUUUUAUCAAUUUUACACGGUUAACAUCACAAACAUUUACACAUUUUUCGUUAACAUUUCCUUUAAUUCCAAAGAUUGACUUCAAUUUUACAAAUGGAAUCGAUGUAAUAGAAGAAAAUAUUUUUAAAUCGUUCAAUUAUUUUUUGGAUCUACCAAUUCAUAUUCGAUUUCAGUCACCAAGAAAUUUUCAACUAGCUGAUUGUGCAUUUAGUCAACUAAAAUAUUUAGAAUUUCUUAUUGAUAAUAUACAAUAUAAUGAUAUACAUCAUUUACCAUAUGAAUUUAAUUUAAACGCCUUUAAUCAAACAAGUAUUUUCGAUAUUAAAAUUUUAAAUUCAAAAGAAAUGAAUUUUAUUUCCAAUAAAUCUUUAUCAUUUAAAUGGGAGAAAGUUCAAAUUGUGAAUUGCUCAUUAAUAAGUGUUGAUCUUCUUAUUGAAAAUCUUUCAACAUUUGUAUUAGAUUUAGAUUUUUCAACAAAUAAAUUAAUUCAAAUUCCUUCAUUGAUUAAAUUUAGUUCCAUAACCGAUAUUGAUUUACAUGAAAAUUUCAUUGAACAAAUUCAUUCAAACAUAUUUACAAAUUUAAGUCAAGUUUAUAGAAUUGAUUUAUCACAUAAUCGAAUCAAACAUAUUUCACCUGGUGCAUUUAUUGGAAUGCAUGUAGAAAUUUUACUCUUAAAUGAUAAUCUUUUACAUUCACUUGAAACUGUUACGAUUCAUAAUGAAGUAACAUCUUUCUUAUAUUCAUUAAAUGAAACAUUACAUACUCUUAUUCUAUCAAAUAAUAUUCUAUCUGAUUUUAAACCAAUACGAAAUCUUACAUCACUAAAUACAUUAAGAAUGUGUUGUAAUCAAAUAAAACAUAUUGAUGAAGAAUCAUUUCAAAAUACACAUGAACUUAUAACAAUUGAUUUAAGUCAUAAUCAUAUUGAAUCAAUUCAUCCACAUGCUUUUAAAGGAACAAUUUUGAGAUAUCUUGACUUAACAUCAAAUCCCUUGUCGACAUUAGAAACAACCGACAUUGUCUAUGAUGAACAAUUUCGACCGAGAAAUCGAACAACUUCAUUUCUUGAUGAUGUUACAUCGACAAUUGCUACGCUAUCAUUAAUGAAUUGUAGGAAUUUAUUAGAAAUGAAUUGGUUUGUUUUUGCAAAAUUAAAAUUAUUAUGGCUUUUGAAUCUCUCGGCAAUACCGAAAACAGACAAAUUUUGGACUUUUCAAAUAAGAAACAAUAAUGCUUCAAUAGUAAAGUAUGAUCGUACAUCAAAACUUGAAAUAGUUCUCAAUGAUAUUCGUUUUAACGAUGAUGAUUAUUGUUUAUCAAAAACAAUCUUAGAUAAUUUCAAUUCGACAGUUUUAAUUAUUGAUCAAAAUCAUUCAUGUAAUUGUUUUGUGUUUAUGUUUAAAAACUUAUUUGAACCAGCUCAUUAUCCAAGCUGUUUAUCUAAUCAAUCAAUCGUGGAAGAAUUAACUCAACAAUGCAUGAAUAUUGAUUUAUACUGUUUAUCUUUCGUAAAUACAACAACAACAACAACAACUAUUCCACCGACUGAAUCGACAUCGUUAUUAUCAAGUACACCUAUUUUAACGACAGAAUUAUCAUCAACUUCAUCUAUUCGACCCACCAGUCAAUCGAUAUUGUCAUCAUCAUUAUCAAGUACAAGUUCAUCAAUUAUGACUAGUACCUUAACAUCGACAAUGAGUAGCACUGUUACCUCAACAACAAGAAUGAGAGAAUCAUCAAUAUCAAGUUUAACAACAUUAACUAUAACAAAGAACAUUUUGACCACACUAGGAGCAACAAAAGAUAAUGGAAAAUGGAAAACAAUAUUAGCAAUAAUGAUUCCUUGUGUACUUAUUGUUAUUGUUUUAUCCUUAACUGGGAUUUAUAUUGUGAAUAGAAAGAAAAACAAACCGAAGGAAAGUAUUGAGAUGGAUGUAGGAUUUGCCAAUAAUUUUGCUAGAAAAUAA